GCAGGGAGUCAGUGCUGGGCGCGAGUGGCGGCAAGCGGCUGCUCUUGUCAGGAGCCUGGGAAGUUGGAGGUUUGUCUGAGGCCUGAUCGGGGUGUCUGCAGAGACCGAGACCCCCAGGCACCUGCUCGGGAGCCACGAAACGGGGCAGCAGGGGACCCAGAGAGAGAGUCAGCAUCAGCCUCUCCUGCCGCGAAGGAAAUGUCCUCGCUGGUGAAGGAGGACUUGCAAAAGAAGCUGUUUCAGCCCCUGGGGCAGAGCCUGCGGGAGUUCAUAGAGAUCGAGUGCUCAGCACACGACAGGUUUUACCUCUGUGCCGCAGUGACUAAAGGUGGAGAAGUAGAAAUAUCUAUGGUGAAACACUUUAGAGUAGAUCUGGAUGAGAAAUACGAAAUGGCUGAGAAGUGGUUUUUGAAAGAUCUGGAGAUGAUUGAUGGAAAAGAAGCGGACACUGAUAAUCCAUAUUUUGACAUGCACUUUGAGAAGGUCUACAGUUGGGAAGCAUAUAGCUGUGCAUCUAAAUAUGCCUUUGCUCGAACAUUAAACAAAUUGAAUUACAUGUACCUUAAAAAGGACUUGAAGAUUGUGAACUUUGAUAUAACCUACAUAAAUGAUGAUUCACUCUGGUCAUCCAACAAUGGGGACUGUUUGGUACUUAUGAAGAUAUGCUUCUAUGCCUCCAACCUUUUGUGUCUGUCCCUGUGUCCCAUGCCAUAAAGAUGUAUUUUAUAACAAUAA